UCCACGUGAGAAGAGCAAGAUGGCCUCUGUGCGGCUUCACUCCCUGUGCCUUCUCACACUUUAUUUGACAAGUGGACAUGGCCAAGAAGGGAAGUUCAGCGGUCCCCUGAAGCCCAUGACAUUCUCUAUUUUUGAAGGCGAAGAGCCAAGUCAAAUCAUAUUCCAGUUUAAGGCCAACCCUCCAGCUGUGGCUUUUGAACUAUCGGGGGAGACGGAUGGUAUAUUUACAAUAGAAAAAGAUGGAUUACUGUAUCACACACAAGCCCUGGACCGAGAGACAAGAGCAGUUCACCAUCUCCAGCUUGCGGCCCUGGAUUCUCAUGGAACUAUAGUGGAGGGCCCAGUUCCCAUCACCAUAGAGGUCAAGGACAUCAAUGACAACCGGCCGAUGUUUCUCCAGACAAAAUAUGAAGGCUCAGUGAGGCAGAACUCUCGCCCAGGAAAGCCUUUCAUGUACGUCAAUGCUACAGACCUGGAUGAUCCCGCUACUCCCAACGGCCAGCUUUUUUAUCAAAUUGCUAUCCAGCUUCCCAGUAUCAACAAUGUUAUGUACUUUCAGAUCAAUAACAAAACAGGGGCAAUAUCACUGACCCGGGAAGGAGCCUUGGAAUUGGACCCAGUUAAGAAUCCUUUUUACAACCUGGUGGUCUCAGUGAAGGACAUGGGGGGCCAGAGUGAGAAUUCCUUCAUUGAUACCACAUCUGUGGAUAUCAUUGUGAGAGAGAACAUCUGGAAAGCGCCAGAACCUGUGGAGAUUGCAGAGAACUCGACCGACCCUCACCCCAUCAAAAUCACCCAGGUGCAGUGGAACGACCCCGGGGCCCUGUAUUCCUUGGUUGACAAGGAGAAGCUGCCACAGUUCCCAUUCUCAAUUGACCAAGAAGGAAAUAUUUAUGUGACUCAGCCUUUGGACCGAGAGGAAAAGGACGCGUAUGUUUUCUUUGCAACUGCCAAGGAUGAGACUGGGAAGCUGCUUUCAUACCCACUGGACGUUCAUGUGAAAGUUACUGACAUUAAUGACAACCCGCCGACAUGUCUGUCCACAAUGACUAUAUUUGAAGUCCAGGAGAACGAGAAACUGGGGAACUUCAUUGGAACCUUUAUUGCCCAUGACAUGGAUGAAGCAAACACUGCCAACAGUAUUUUGAAGUAUAAACUUGUAGACCAAAGCCCCAAAGUUCCCUCUGAUGGACUCUUUCUCAUUCAAGAGUAUGAGGGAAAGGUCCAGUUAGCUAAACACUCCUUGAAGAAGCAAGACAAUCCUCAGUACAACUUGACCAUAGAGGUGUCUGACAAAGAUUUCAUGACCCUCUGUCCUGUGCAAGUCAACAUUAUUGAUAUCAAUGACCAGAUCCCCAUCUUUGAAAGAUCAGACUAUGGAGACAAGACUCUUCCUGAAGACACAGCCAUUGGAUCCACCAUCUUAAUCAUCCAAGCUACAGAUGCCGAUGAGGCGUUCACGGGGAGCUCUAGGAUCCUGUACAAGGUUGUACAGGGAGAUGCCGAGGGAAGACUGGAAAUUGACACAGAUCCUCAGACCAAUGCAGGAUAUGUCAAGAUCAAAAAGCCUCUUGACUUUGAAACUGAACCAGUUAUGAACAUUGUGUUCAAAGCAGAAAACCCCGAGCCAUUGGUGGACAGCGUAGAGUACAAUGCCAGUUCUUUCGCCUCAUUCAACCUGACGGUGACGGAUGUGAACGAAGCACCUGUAUUUCCCCAAAAAAUAUUCCAGGCAGAAGUCAGCGAAGAUGCUGCUACAGGCACUAAAGUGGGCAACGUGAGCGCCAGGGAUCCUGAAGGCCUGGCUGUGAGUUAUUCACUGAGAGACAACAAGAGGGGUUGGCUUAAAAUCGACUCGGUCACUGGUGAGAUCUUUAGCACGGCUCCGCUGGACAGGGAAACAGAAAGUGUGUAUCGGGUACAAGUGGUGGCCACUGAAAUAGGUGGGUCUUUGAGUUCCACGGCAUAUUUCCACCUGGCCCUUAGAGACGUGAAUGACAACCCCCCUCGCCUAGCUAAGGAGUACACGGGCUUAUUCUUCUGCCAUCCCCUCAGUGCCCCUGGGAGUCUCAUCUUUGAGGCUACUGAUGACGACCAGCAGUCGCUCUGGAGGCCCCAGUUUACAUUCGCCCUUGGCAGAGAAAGCUUACAAAGUGACUGGGAAGUUUCCAAAAUCAAUGGCACUCAUGCUCGACUCUCCACCAAGCACACGCGCUUUGAGGAAAAAGUUUAUGAAGUCCCAGUCCGCGUCAACGAUGGGGGGAGGCCACCAAUGGAAGGGACUGUCUCCUUGUCAGUUACUUUCUGCCAGUGUGUGGAAGGAAGCUGUUUCCGGCCAGCAGGCAGCCAGGAUGGGAUACCCACUGUGGGCAUGGCAGUUGGUAUACUUCUAACCACUUUCCUGGUCAUUGGUAUAAUUUUAGCAGUUGUAUUCAUCCGCAUAAAGAAAGAUAAAGUUGAAAACCCUCAGUCCCCUGAUGCUAGGCCUCUGAAAAGCUGAAUUUGAGAAGAAAUGGUCAAGUUUAUGCACGUGCUAUAUCACUGCCUCAACUGUUUAACUUCAUCCAAAUGUGAACUAUAAUUGGUAGAGUUUAUGCAUCGUGUGCUAUAUCAGGGACCCAUCUGUUUAAUCUCAUAAUUUCAUCCAAAAUGUGAGCUAUAAUUUCUUUGAUAGCAUGCCUCCUUUGUCCUGCAAUAUUUUAUACUACUUAGGUAUUUUAUGUUCUGUCGACAUUAGAGUUAUUUUCCAUUUUCCCGUGACAUUUUCCUCUUUUAUGAAAGCUUUAGCUCCACAACCUGACCUUUCCCUUGAGACAAAGGUGAGCUGAUUGUGCAUCCUGUAUAUUGGUGUUUCAGAGACAUAUCCGUCAUCUAGCACCAACGUCUGAGACACGAUUUACCUCUUUUCUAUUCCAUCCUGCAUUCCUUCAUCUUUUGGUAUUACACUGAACUUAGAAUGUGUCACACAAAAGAACAAAGCAAAGCUCCGGGGCAUGGGUGAGGGUGGGGGGAUAAGUGGGCAGCUUUGUUCCUUGGUAUGAACAGUUUCUCUGUGUUACCAACCAUCUUUAAUGGAGGUCCUCCACCCUGCUGUGAUGGAGCAGACCCUGGAGACCUUGCACUAUUUCGAGGAAGAUGUACUUCAUAAACCUGGGUACAGGAACUGAUGAGUUGUCUGGGUUUGUUCACUCGUAAGUGCUUACAUGUAUGCUGGGCAUGUUUUAUUUGUACU